CCCCCCCUCCCGCAACACGCCCACGCACUUGUGAUGGAUACAGCAUCGAGCGACUUUCUUUCUUUACCGCGUCGAGGUUCCGAAGAGGAGGUUUGAUCCGACAGCAGGAGCAGAAGCAGCGGAACCGCCACCAUGACCAGAUGCCUGAUUAGCAAGUCGGAGGUGCAGGGCUUCGUCGAGCGGUGCAUGACCAGCGUGGGCACCAAGCCGCACCACGCCCGCAGCCUGGCAGAGGUGCUGGUGGAGGGAGACCACCGCGGCCACUACAGCCACGGACUCAACCGGAUGGACAUGUACGUGAAGGACGUCCAGACCGGAAUCUGCGCCAAGGACGGCGAGCCGGUGGUGGAGAAGGAGAGCGCCGCCACGGCAUUGGUGGACGGGCGGAACCUCCUGGGUCCUGUGGUGGGAAACUUCUGCAUGAACCUGGCCAUUAAGAAGGCCAAAGAGGCCGGCAUCGGCUGGGUGGUGGCACACGGCUCCAACCAUUACGGCAUCGCCGGGUACUACGCGAUGCAAGCUCUGAAGGAAAACAUGAUUGGCAUGUCGUUCACCAACACGUCCCCGCUGGUGGUCCCCACGCGCGGCAAAGAGUGCACCCUGGGCACCAACCCCAUCAGCGUGGCGGCGCCGGCCAAAGACGGAGACAGCUUUGUUCUGGAUAUGGCCACAUCCGCUGUAGCACUUGGGAAGGUGGAGCUCCACGAGCGACGUGGAGACACCAUCCCCGAGGGCUGGGGCUGUGACGCUGGGGGCAAGCUGACCACCGACCCCAAGGAGGUCCUGAGCGGAGGAGGACUGGUGCCCAUCGGCGGGAGUGAAGCCACAGGAGGCUACAAAGGCUUCGGUCUGGGGAUGAUGGUGGAGGUGUUCUGUGGCAUCUUGGCCGGGGCCCAGUACAGCAAACACGUCCGCACGUGGAAAGUAACCGAUCGCGUGGCCAACCUGGGUCAGUGUUUCGUGGCGAUCAACCCGGAGAACUUUGCCCCCGGGUUCAGCGAUAGGAUGUCGGACCUCCUGUCCAUCCACAGGGGGAUGGAGCCUGCGGACUCCGGCUCUCCGGUUCUGACCGCCGGAGAUCCAGAGAGGAUUAACAUGAAGAAGUGUGAGGAGAUGGGAGGGAUCCCCUACCACAUCAAUGUCAUCAACUACAUGAACGAAUGUGCCAAGAGAGUCGGCGUGACCCCUCUGCUGCCGUGUGACAAGGUCAUCUCCAACUAGUGCGUCCAGCCGGGAUCCUCUUCUACGGCCAUCAACUAAAGGCUUCAAGUUCUCAUGGAGCUAAUUCCAAAUGCGCCCUUGCACACAUUGCAUGUGUUGACAAUCUAAUUUCAUUCAUUGUUAAAGUUUUCUUUUCUUAAGGGACUUACUUUUUUUCAGUCUGAAGAUACUGGAACCCAAUGUUUAUGUUGAUAUGACUUCAAAUAUCCUGGAUUUCUUAUAGCAAAAUGUGUUUACUCGUUGUGUGACCAGCUGGGAGCGGGUAAACAAAGAGAGGUGCUAAGCUAAAGUGGUUUUGAGUUGUUAUUAACACUUGACUUGUUGUUAUUACAGUUGUAAUGCACACAAAUAUGUUUUUUAACCAUUUUAAAAUGAGACAUUUGGUUUAUAAAGUUCAUGUUUGAAACACUAUUCCAAUGUGCCUUAUUCAAUAAAAGCCUAAUAAACCAAAAUGUUUUUAAUCUUAAA